CUUCUGCCUGCCCUUCAGCUUCAUCCCCAGCCUGAUGGGCACCUUCGUCUUUGGCAAGGCCGUCUGCAAGGCCGUCGCCUACCUCAUGGGUGAGCCGGGGGCACGGAGGGGGCGCCCUCGAGUCCCACGGAGGGGAAGGGGCUGCCCUGGCUCUGAGACGGGACUCCUUGACCCUCUUCCUCUGUCCCCACCCCAGGGAUGGCGGUCAGCGUCUCCACCUUCAGCCUCGUCGCCAUCGCCAUCGAGCGCUACAACGCCAUCUGCAACCCGCUCCAGUCGCGCGUCUGGCAGACCCGCUCCCACGCCUACCGCGUCAUCGCCGCCACCUGGCUGAUCUCGGCCCUCCUGAUGCUGCCAUACCCCAUCUACACCACCACCACGACGCCGCCCGGAGAGCCCCACAUCACCCAGUGCACCCACAAGUGGCCCGGGAGCAACGUCAAGCAGGCCUGGUGAGGAGCGGUGGGGGGGGGGGAGCGCUGGGCCCUGGCGCCAGGGAGCAGGAGGAGAGCCAGUCCUCCCAGUGGCCAAAUCCCCCUAGGGAGCAAGAUAGACUGCCACUGGGACUGGGGGCUCCAGGAGGACCCAAGGAGAACCCACAGGGGACCCGUCUGGCCCAGUGUCCUCUUCUCACAGGGACCAACCAGAUCCUCAAUGGGAAAACCCACAAGCGGGAUCUGGGCCCAAGAGGACUCUCCUGAGGUUUCCAGAAACUGGUGUUCAGAAGCAUGGCUAGGAGCCAUCGAUAGCGCUCUCCCCCUCCGUGAAUUUAUUUCUCCAGAGCCAUCAUGGCUGCCUCAUGAGGGAGGGAGUUCCACAGACUAACACUGCGCUGCAUGCAGAAGGACUUUCUUUUACCCGUCCUGGAUCUCCCCACUUUCAGCUCAUGGGAUGCCCAUGUGAGUGUUGGGGAGGGCAGGGUUUUCUCUCGGUGUGCAGGACACCAUGUCCCACAGAGCGGACGGUCCCCAAGUGUGACAGGCCUCCUAAGAGGCAGUGUUGUGUAGUGGUUAGACCUAGAAGGGACCAGGGUUCAGAGUCCAACUCAGCCAUGAAGCUGAAGUGGGAUUUAAGCAAAUACGUGAAAUAUAUAAAUUGUUCCUGGAUGCACCCCCCCCAAAAAAAAACAUCCCUGCACCUAGUCCCCUUGCACAGAUCCAGUCAUCAGAAGUGCUGCCUCCCCCCGCAAGCAGCACCCGCUGAUCUCUCACCAGAGCAGUUGCAGCAGCGUGAAGAAAGACAUGGCAGGAUUGGGGCCCCAUUCAUCCUGAGGCCUCAUUCUGUUCAGGCUGCAGCCCCAGUGGCUUGAGGGGGAAAGUGGGGCGCUGAAGGCACAAUUCCUUUGCACCACUGGUUUAAAGAUUUGGGGGAGCACCCACGGGAGAAGCGGGGGGGCAGAGACAGACACAAAGUCCUUGCUCAAAGGGACGGCAGCAUUUGCACAGCCCCCCACGCCAAACGUCUUGCAGUGUGCAAGAGGGAAACUUGGCGCAUGUGUUAUUUUUAUUAUUAUUAAUUCAACUUAUACACCGCCCUAUACCUGGAGGUCUCAGGGUGGUACACAACAAGACCGCAACAUAUAAAAUCAAACCAAAAGCAAUAACCCAAUAUAACACCCCCCCCCCAAAAAAAGAACCACAGGGUGUUGGAUGUCAAUAAGGUUAUUAGCCAAAGGCCUGGUUAAAAAGGAACGUUUUUGCCUGGCGCCUAAAGGUGUAUAAUGAAUGUGCCAGGCAAACUUCCCUGGGGAGAACAUUCCACAGAUGGGGAGCCACUGCAGAGAAGGCCCCGUUCUCCUGUUGCCACCAUCUGGACCUCUUGAAGAGGCGUCACACGAAGGAGGGCCUCAGAAGAUGAUCUCAGGGUCCAGGAAGGUUCAUAAGGGAAGAGGUGUAGCGUGGAUGUAUCAGGGCAGUUUGAGUUGUGUCUUCCAUCAGAGACAAAAUGAGCCCAAGUUUUGCCCCAGAGCUCCUGUCUGCUUUCUGGGCUGAAGCCUCUGCACCUUGCUUGACAAGGGAUCCUUUCUUCAAGCUGCAGUCAGGAAGGGAAUGCUUUCUGGGAGGUCUGGAAGCCUCCCCAGUCAAUUUGCUGGCCCCAAGGACACGUGUCGAACGGCAUUAAAAGCACGGCUCCUCCUUUCAGCUCCUCCGCACAGGAGCCAAGUUUAAUGAGUAAACCAGGCCUGAGAGGGCAGCCCUGGGCAGAAUGUCGAUGGGCCCAUCAAUCAGACUCUAAGUACCAUCUCUUGACUUGCUGACUCACAGCCUUUUUUUAAUUAAAAAAAAAGCCAUUUUGUACAGAAAAAGGCAAAGACCCGCAGGUCAGAGGCGGUCAGAGUGGUGGCUUUCCGCCCUUUGGGCUCUCUUUAAGAGUGCCUGUUAGAUCCCAGUGGCCAACGCAGUCCAACAUCCUGUUUUUGCCAUGGCUGAACAAUUGUCUGUGGGAAGCAGGAUCCGAGCAACUGGAAUCCAGGAGCAGUUUAAUUUUCUCUAUCCUGAAUCAUCCGACACUCAGCUUCAUUGAACGGCCACGAAUUCCAGUGGGAGGGAAAGUGUUUUGUGCCCAUGGCAGAAAGACCGCAUCAAAAUGUGGGAAUGUUCAAGGAUGCAGGAGAGCAUAUAUUGUUUGAUUAUAUCCUUUUCCAACCUGUGUUAACAAGUUCCACAAUUUAGCAGAGUAACAUUCCCUUUUUAAAACUUGCAGCGGAUGCGUUUGCUCUGGCUUGCUAAAGCCUCUAGAAUAACUGUUCUGGUAUUUCCCCCUUAUUCCCUCAUUAAAGAUAAGACACGAUACAAUCUUCUAUAAAAGUAUAUAAAGGUUUACUCACACAUCAUUCUGUUCACAAUUGGAUCCCAGAAGGCAGACUUAUCUUAGAAAAGUAACAUAUACCUAGAAACUAUCUCAUAAGGAGACAGUCCCUUUGUCCUCUCCUGGCUGGAGGCCAAGAGAGCAUCUUUGGCUAAGCAGAUGUUGCUUCUUCGAUGCAUGUAGUCAAAGAGAGAGAGAUGACUGCCCUGCCCUGUGCUUUUGUCCUUACCUGCACAGGUGAGGCCACGCCCACCUCUAGUCACAUGCAGAGGAAGUCUGUCCCAGCCCAGAAGGAAACAGGAAGUUGACCUGCUGGCUGGGCAAACAUUCCUCCCCAGGUGUAAACAUGUUCACUCUAGGAAGGUUGUACUUGACUGCUCUUGCGUUUCACAUCCCACACAAUAAUGUCAUUGCAAAAUGGGUUGGCCGUGUACAUCAGCUCAUGCUCAGAGGUCCUGUUUCUCCAACCUGUUUACAAGUCUCUCCAUCCGGGUGCAUGACAGUACCUGACAGUGGCCCUUCCUGGCGUGUCUGAGACGUCCUUUGGGAAUGCUGAAUGCCUUGGCUCCCCAACCUGUUCCCCAUCCAUGCCCAGAAGAUGCCCUUUGGACAGGUCUGCUUGGCAAGUUCAACAGAUACUUGCCAGGCUGGUUAUGCAGAGGGCUUCCCUGUGACGUGACUUGAGAGGGUCUCCAAGGCUGACCGGGGGGCUCAAUUGCUGCUGUAUUGCUCUCUGUCCUGCUUACGUACUUGUGGGUGUGAGUUUACCUUGUGCACCUGGGAGCGCUUUGGAAAGAGGGUCUGGCAAAUCCAGGGAGGAGAGUGAGGCCUUUCUCAAGGGCAACCAUCUCCACUUUCCUCCUGGCCAGGUCCGUCCUGCUGCUGGUCACUCUCUUCCUGAUCCCAGGACUGGUGAUGAUCGUGGCCUAUGGACUGAUCUCCCGGGAGCUCUACAGGGGCAUUCAGUUUGAGAUGGACCUCACCCGGCAGGCCAAAGGUUGGUGUGGGGCAGGGGUGGGAAAAGCUGGGGGCGUUGGCUGGGGGGUCACUGGGGGUGGGCUCAUCAGCUAAGCCGGAGCCUGGGGGAGGCAGGGCAGUGGGUUUCUGGGCUUGUAAAGAUGCACAGGCCUGGAUACCCCCCCCAUAUUUUUUUUGUUGAGGUGUCAUGCAAGACCUUUGCGUCUCUACAAGCCUUCAGAUCGUGGCCAGAGGGACUGGUGUAACUGAGUCACCAGCAGUUUUGAUGCUUCAGAAACCCAUUUUGCUGUUUAUUGGGCUACGUUUUGAAGCUUGUUCCUCAUGUUACUUCUGCACCUAAUGUUGGCCACCCUGUUGGCUCUGCCUGAGGACGGGCGCUGUGUUAGAAAUGUCACGAUCAUGGACUCGGAAGGGAACCCAGGGGUCAUCUAGUCCAACCCCCCAAGGAAGCAGGAAUCGGAGCUAAGGAACUCCUGAAAAGCGACCGUCCAACCUCCAAGGAAGGAGAGCCCCACCAUCUUUGGUCACAUAAAAGGUGGAGCAAGCUUGUUUUCUCCUGCUGUGGAAGGGAGGCCCUGAACCAACCGAUUCAAAUCACAAGAAAGGAGAUUUUGCCUAAACCUCAGGAGAAACUUUCUGGGAAGAUGGUGGACUCUCCUUCCUGGAGGUUUUCCAGCAGAGGUUGGGUGGUCAUCUGCCUGGGAUGUUUCAGCUCAGAUUCCUGCACUGCAGAGGGUGGACUGGAUGGCCCUGGGGGUCCCCCGCUCUCCCAAGCCCUCCUCACAUGCCCUUCCCCCUUGUGUCCCCCAGCCCAGCAGAACGGGGGAUCCGUGGAGCCCCUCCCGCCUUGCGCGGAGGAGGGCGAUGGCUGCUACGUCCAGGUGUCCCGGCCGGCAGGGGGCGCGGUGGAGCUGUCGGUCCUGACCCCCGAGGACGGGGCCCAGCAGGAGGCGGCUCGCGUCAACACCUCCCGGGCGAAGCUGCUGGCCAAGCAGCGGGUGGUGCGCAUGCUGGUGGCCAUUGUGGUGCUCUUCUUCGUCUGCUGGCUGCCCCUCUACGCCGUCAACACCUGGCGGGCCUUCGACCCCCAGGCCGCCCACCGCGCCCUCUCGGGGACCCCCAUCUCCUUCAUCCAGCUGCUCUGCUUCGCCUCCGCCUGCGUCAACCCCUUCGUCUACUGCUUCAUGAACAAGCGCUUUCGCAAAGCCUUUGCCGCCACCUGCUCCUGCGGCCGGGCAGCCCCCUGCUACCGGAGGCGCCCUCGGCCCCCCGAGGACGAGCUCACGGCCACGGGGGCCUCCCUCUCCAAGUUCAGCUACACCACCGUCAGCAGCGUCGGGCCCCCUUGA